AUAAAAAAGGCGACCCAAAAAAAUUUCGAUUCCCAUGUUCUUUCCUUUCCUUUUUUUUCUUCUCUCUUGCUUCACUUCCCUCCACUUCGGUUUUCUUUUCUUUUCUGCCACUGCUAACUCUAAGCAUCUUUAGUCUUUACCUCUCCACUACUUUUGUUAUCUUUCCCAAUUUUUUUUUUUUCCAUUUUUUCUUUACAAAAGUUCUUUGGGUUUCUUCUUUCCGUAUUUCUUCUCUAUAUUCUCAGCUCACAACCUUGGGUAUAUAUCUCUCCCUUUCUUAGCUUAACUGUAUUUUCUCUCCAUCUUAUAUACCCCCUUUUGUUCUAUGCUUAGUUUAGCAUUGAUUGAUCAUAAAGUUUGUACCUUUUCUUCUCAAUUACUAGUUUUUCACUUCAAUUCUGCAAAAAAUUGUUGAUCUUCUAUAAAAUUUCUAACCUUUUCCUGGAUUUUUAACCCAGAAAAGUAGAAUUUGUAAUUUCUUCAGAUUUGUUUGUAUAAGUAGAGUCCUUUCAAUCAUGUUACCUCCAAUCCUUUCAAAUUUUUCUGUAAAAAGAAGAAAAAUCUAAAGUUUUCAUUUUUGGUGUUCUUCAGAAUUUGGGGUUUUUUUUUUUCGAAUUUGUAUUAAUUCAAUGGGAAUAUGUCAAGCGAAACCAAUUGAAAUCCCUGAAACCCAGUUUGAAACUGAGGUUGUUAAUGGGGAAAAUCAACCCAUAUCAUCAAAUACAGGAAGUGGGAAAACUCCAAAAUUCCCAUUUUAUAGUCCAAGUCCAUUACCAAGUGGUUUUAAGAAUUCCCCUGCAAAUUCUAGUGUUACAUCAACUCCAUUAAGGUUCUUUAAGCGCCCAUCUCUCCCUCCUUCUCCAGCAAAGCACAUUCGGGCUUUGUUGGCCCGAAGACAUGGGUCUAUUAAGCCUAAUGAGGCCUCAAUCCCUGAAGGGAGUGAAUGUGAUAUUGGAUUGGAUAAGAAUUUUGGGUUUUCAAAACAAUUUUUUAAUCAUUAUGAAUUUGGGGAAGAAGUAGGAAGAGGACAUUUUGGGUAUACUUGUGCUGGUAAAGGGAAGAAAGGUAGCUUAAAGGGCCAAGAUGUUGCUGUCAAAGUCAUCCCCAAAGCAAAGAUGACAACGGCUAUUGCUAUUGAGGAUGUUAGAAGGGAAGUCAAGAUAUUAAGGGCACUUACGGGCCAUAAGAAUCUUGUGCAGUUCUAUGAGGCUUAUGAAGAUGAUGACAAUGUUUAUGUUGUGAUGGAAUUGUGCUAUGGUGGCGAAUUGUUGGACCGGAUACUUUCAAGAGGUGGAAAGUACUCGGAAGAAGAUGCAAAGGCUGUCAUGGUCCAGAUCUUAAGUGUGGUUGCCUAUUGUCAUCUUCAAGGUGUAGUUCAUCGAGACCUCAAACCCGAGAAUUUUCUUUUUACUACCAAAGACGACAAUUCCCCUCUAAAGGCCAUCGACUUUGGAUUGUCAGACUAUGUAAAGCCCGAUGACAGAUUAAAUGAUAUAGUGGGAAGUGCUUAUUAUGUAGCUCCUGAAGUUCUCCACAGAGCUUAUGGGACCGAGGCAGACAUGUGGAGCAUUGGUGUAAUUGCUUAUAUUCUUUUGUGUGGAAGCCGUCCCUUUUGGGCUCGUACAGAAUCUGGAAUCUUCCGGGCUGUCUUGAAGUCUGAUCCUAGUUUCGAUGAAGCUCCUUGGCCUACUUUAUCACCAGAAGCAAUUGACUUCGUGAAGAGAUUGUUGAACAAGGAUUACAGAAAAAGAAUGACUGCUGCUCAGGCACUAUGUCAUCCAUGGCUUUCGGGUUAUCAUCCGUACAACAAGAUUCCUCAAGAUAUGAUAGUUUACAGGCUUGUAAGAGCAUAUAUAUGCUCGUCUUCUCUUCGUAAAGCAGCUCUCGGGGCUCUUGCAAAGACAUUAACAGUCCCUCAGCUAGCGUAUUUGAAGGAGCAAUUUCAGAUGCUAUGUCCAAGCAAAAACGGUUACAUAUCGAUGCAAAAUUUUAAGACGGCGAUAUUGAGAAAUGCAACGGAUGCUAUGAAAGAUUCCCGAGUUAUUGAAUAUGUGAACCUGGUCAGCUCUAUCCAGUACAGAAAGAUGGAUUUUGAAGAAUUUUGUGCCGCGUCUAUUAGCGUGCAUCAACUAGAAGCAAUGGAUACCUGGGAGCAACAUGCACGACGUGCGUAUGAGCUGUUUGAGAAGGACGGAAAUAGACCAAUAAUGAUUGAAGAACUGGCCUCGGAACUUGGACUUAGUCCGUCUGUGCCCGUUCACGUGGUACUUCAAGAUUGGAUCAGACACUCGGAUGGAAAGCUCAGUUUUCUCGGAUUUGUCAGACUUCUGCACGGAGUCUCUUCUCGCACAUUUCAGAAAGUGCAACCCGCUUAAAACCCUUUAUACGGUGUGCCUUUCUAGUAUUUCGUGGCCUCGUACCAUCUUUGCUUAAGAUGAAAGGUUCCUACUUUUGAAAAAUCGGCCGGACGCAGAGGGUCAUCUUUGCCGGCUUCUGCAUGAUUCAGUAUUCAGUCUAUUCCCUCUUCCUUUACUAUUUAAAAACUAUAUAAAGGUUUCAUGUAGGAUAGUGUUUUCUGGUGCUGUAAGGCAGAAAAAUGUACAGUUGAGAUUUAGAUUAGUGAACUGCUGGAAGUGAAAACCAAUAUUUUUGUUAUAGUUUAGGUCCAUCCUUUGUAUGCAUGCAUAAUUGAGGGAAACUGUCUAUGAUCACAUCAGUAGCGAAAACCUACUGAUCAAUCCGAAAGAAUUUGUGGCAGAAGAUAUGGGGAUAUUUAUUUAGCCGGUAAUCUUGAUAUAAUGAGAUUGUGGCUGCUGUAUUUUGUUUGUGCUGAUAUAUACAUAAAUUCUUGAUGAA